AAGCAAGCCGGGGAAGUAGCUCCACCAACCACCAGCCAGCCUCGCAGAGCAGAGCCCGUGGAGCGGUGACAGCGCAGGAGAGCCUCUGGCGUGGGGGAAGGGGAGGAAGGAGGAAAAACAAAGGCGAGCCAGCCAGCCUCUCACCACCCUCCCUGCGCCAGCCCAUGAUGUGUCAGUCUGAGGCGCGCCGAGGACCUGAGCUCCGCGCCUCAAAAUGGUUACAGUUUCCCCAGCUGGCCCUGAGGCGGAGACUGGGGCAGUUGAGCUGCAUGUCCAGACCUGCUCUGAAACUGCGCUCUUGGCCCCUGACCGUCCUCUACUAUCUCCUACCCGUUGGUGCCUUGAGACCACUCAGCCGGGUGGGAUGGCGGCCCGUGAGCAGGGUGGCCCUGUACAAAUCAGUGCCGACGCGUUUGCUGUCACGGGCCUGGGGCCGCCUCAACCAGGUGGAGCUGCCGCACUGGCUGCGCAGGCCCGUCUACAGCCUGUACAUCUGGACCUUUGGGGUGAACAUGAAGGAGGCCGCGGUGGAGGAUCUGCACCACUACCGCAACCUCAGCGAGUUCUUCCGGCGCAAGCUGAAGCCACAGGCCCGUCCUGUCUGUGGCCUGCACAGUGUGAUCAGCCCAUCAGAUGGGAAGAUCCUCAACUUCGGGCAGGUGAAGAACUGUGAGGUGGAGCAGGUGAAGGGGGUCACCUACUCCCUGGAGUCAUUCCUGGGCCCACGAACCUACACGGAGGACCUGCCUUUCCCACCAGCCACCUCAUGUGACUCCUUCAAGAACCAGCUGGUGACCCGGGAAGGGAACGAGCUCUAUCACUGUGUCAUCUACCUGGCUCCUGGGGACUACCACUGCUUCCACUCCCCCACCGACUGGACUGUUUCCCACCGGCGCCACUUCCCAGGCUCCUUGAUGUCAGUGAACCCCGGCAUGGCCCGCUGGAUCAAAGAGCUCUUCUGCCACAAUGAGCGAGUCGUCCUGACUGGGGACUGGAAGCAUGGUUUCUUCUCACUGACGGCUGUGGGGGCCACCAACGUAGGCUCCAUUCGCAUCUACUUCGACCGGGACCUGCAUACAAACAGCCCAAGGUACAGCAAGGGCUCCUACAAUGACUUCAGCUUCGUGACACACGCCAACAAGGAGGGCAUCCCCAUGCGCAAGGGCGAGCAUCUGGGCGAGUUCAACCUGGGCUCCACCAUCGUGCUUAUCUUCGAGGCCCCCAAGGACUUCAACUUCAAGCUGAAAGCAGGACAGAAAAUCCACUUUGGAGAGGCUCUGGGCUCACUCUAAAGCUCUUUCCUGGCUGCAGCUGCUGUGGGAUCUUUUCCUAACAGCAGUGUGAGGGUCCUUCAGAGGGGAAACCUCAUGAGGCUGUCUGGGUGAGGGGACUGCCUCAAGGUUGUGGAGGUUCUGACAAGGUAGGACCUGAAUGAUUCUGCUUCUGCCUGUCCUGCAGACAAGAGGUUCUGGGUUCUUCUGAGGCAGUCGAAGCUCCUGUCAUGCUCUACUUUCAUGCUGUUCCCUUUCCCCCUAUCCUACGAAGAAAGAAAAAGUGGAUAUCUCACACUCACUCCUGGAUCUAGCAUUGUAUAAACUGGAGACCCUGCAUCUCCUGGUUGAGCAUUCAGUUGGUAAGUGGUAAUGUACCUUCUCACUGUUCCUCCCCAUCACCUGGGCCGUUUUCUGUUAGCUCCUUAUUCUUUUUUUUUCUGGCCUUAACCCUCUGCCUGCACCAGGUGAGGUGCCUCCUUGGCACAGGUGUGGACCCACCCUGCCCCUAGAGCAGAGCCAUUCGGCCUUCAUAACAGGUGCUUUCUGUUGCCAAAUUGCAUCUCACCCUGCUCAUUGGAAAAAGCAAAAUUGUUCUUUGCACUGGCUGAGUGUAUCACUCUGGGCUGUGCCAGUGUCUCCUGAGGAUGGUGAUCAAUGAUGUGGACCUUUGUAGGCCCUUAUGAGUGACCUUCUGGAGCUGGCUCAGUCCUCUUUGCAGCAGGCAAGACCAAUUCUGAACCUACCUAAUAGUGUCAGAGAGAACAGGGCAGAGCUCCUGUCGCCCUCCCCGUAUACAGGCCUACGUGAAAGAUGGGAAAGUUGCUGCUAUUGACUUAGGGACUGUGGUGGAGGUAGAGGAGCCAUGGUGUAUGGUGGGUCAGUGCCUAAAAAACCUGUCCCAGUUAACAGAUGCGCAGUCCUUGGGGUAGCCCCUUAUGGUGGGGACAGGGCCAGGUUUCAUGUUGAUCCUGGAGAUGCUGUGAAUUUCUCCUGCAGGAGAAGUCAUUGAACUUUUUCAACUGUAUCAGUAGCACAGUAUUUUUGUAUGAAAAGUGGGAGACUUCUGAACAGUUAUUCAUUUAAUUAAUUACAAAACAUUUUGAAAUUAAAAAAAGAAAAUUUA